GACACAACCUCUUCUGUGAGCCUAUGUAGUGCAGAAUGCACGCAAUAGGGAGUGAUUUGGAAUUCAGCCUGUGACUUUAGCAGUUGUUAAAGCACGUCUUCUUUAAAACAGCCGACGCCUGAGAGGAAAUGAGAAGCGUUUGACUGCAGCUAGUUUCACAGCUCAGUCAGACCUUCGGUGCUACAAGUGUUUCGCAAGAUUACACACACACACACACACACACACACACAGAGACAGACAGAGAGAGAGAGAGAGAGAGAGAGAGAGAGAGAGAUACACACACACACAGACACACACAGAUAGAGAGAGAGAGAGAGAGAGAGAGAGAGAUACACACACACAGACAGAGAGAGAGAGAGAGAGAGAGAUACACACACAGACAGAGAGAGAGAGAGAUACACACACAGACAGAGAGAGAGAGAGAGAGAGAGAGAUACACAAACAGAUAGAGAGAAAAAGAGACAGACACACAUACACACAGAUAGAGAAAGACACACACAUACACAGAGAGAGAGAGAGAGAGAGAGAUGAGCUUUUUCGGCUUUGGCCAAAGUGCAGACAUCGACAUAGUGCUAAAUGACGCUGAGACGAGGAAAAAAGUUGAGCACAAGACUGAAGAUGGCAAAAAGGAGAAAUAUUUCCUUUUCUAUGACGGUGAGACAGUGAGCGGUAAAAUAAACAUCACACUGAAAAACCCGGGCAAGAGACUCGAGCAUUACGGCAUCAAGAUCGAGUUCCUCGGCCAGAUUGAGCUGUACUAUGACAGAGGGAACCACCAUGAGUUUGUCUCGCUGGUCAAGGAUCUGGCCGGACCUGGAGAACUUUAUAACUCCCAGUCUUUCGACUUCGAGUUUUCUCAUGUGGAGAAGCCAUAUGAGUCAUACACAGGCCAGAACGUGAGACUAAGGUACUUCCUUCGUGCGACGAUGAGCCGUAGACUGAAUGACAUCAUUAAGGAAAUGGAUAUCGUAGUGCACGCGCUUUGCACAUAUCCAGAGUUAAACUCCUCUAUCAAGAUGGAGGUGGGCAUUGAAGACUGUCUGCAUAUUGAGUUUGAGUAUAACAAGUCUAAAUAUCACUUGAAAGAUGUGAUUGUGGGGAAGAUCUACUUCCUUCUUGUGAGGAUAAAAAUAAAGCACAUGGAGAUCGAUAUAAUAAAGCGAGAGACAACGGGCACAGGACCCAGCGUGUUUCAUGAAAAUGAGACCAUCGCCAAAUAUGAGAUUAUGGAUGGAGCACCAGUGAGAGGCGAAUCGAUCCCCAUCCGAUUAUUUCUCGCUGGCUAUGAGCUGAUGCCCACCAUGAGAGAUAUCAAUAAGAAGUUCUCUGUGCGAUAUUAUCUGAACCUAGUCCUGAUAGAUGAGGAGGAGAGACGCUACUUCAAACAGCAGGAAAUCACACUGUGGAGGAAAGGAGACAUCGUAAAGAGGAGUAUGUCCCAACAGGCCACCAUAGCUUCUCAGAGAUUUGAGGGAUCAAAAGCUGGAACUGCUUCAGUACAAGAGAAAAUGGACAGCAGUUAAAUGAAAAAAAGAAAAAAAAAAUCGUGUAUGCUCCUGUGGGAUCAGCAGCACAGGGGUUUGGGAUAGAUGGGAAAGAAAAUCAUUCACAAACAUCAUCCAGGUGCUCAAUUUUUAAACAUGUACAUGUUGAUUGUUUCUGGAGGUUUCUCUUCCAAUCCUGUUGAUUAUGAAUAAGAAAGUGCACAGCUACAGUAGCUUCCUAUUUAAUAUAUCUAAAUUGCUGCUUUUUUAACUAUAUAUGCAUAUACACAAACCACUUUUCAUAUUAGUCCAUUCAGAAACAUUCCUUUAUCUUUAUGAUGAAAUGAAUACUAAUUAUUUUAAUGUUGUGUUUGUGUUCCGGUAAAUGAGCCUCAAGUAAACACUGGGAGAUUUGUGUUUUGCA